UAGUGCUGCAGAGAGUUCUGCCUUGUGUGUCAAUCUGGGUCCAGUGCAGAGCAUGUUGGACUAACCUUGGAUUAAGUGGCCAGUGUAGAUGUGGCCUAAAAUAUUAUCAUGACUUUCUAAAAUCUCUUAAAACAGGGUAACAUUUGACUUUAACGAAAUGUAUGUGGGCCUUGAAAAUAUAAUGAUGAACCUAAACUGGUCAUAUUAGCUUCAUCCCAAGACUGAAAGCCUUCCCCUCUUUUCCUUCCACAAAAUCUGCCAGCUUGGAGGCCUCUUCUCUCUUGAAGAGGCAGAACACAAUGCCAGAGAGCAUAUCAAAUUGAAGGUAUUGUAAACAACAAUGUUUUGUGAUGAUCUCCCAUUCCACAGUCAAUUCUAUUGGAUGGACCAAUGGACCAUUUACAUAUGAAGUGGCUUAUUGCAUCCAUACUGCAAGAGCUCAGAAACAGAUUAUGUAUUUCAGGCUCAGAUACUGACACAAUCUCAGCUGUUCUUUUUGAAUAUAAACAAAAACCUUUUAUCCUCCAUCAAAAAUAUUAUACAUCAAUUAAAUCAUUUCUAAAAAUAUAAUAAUUCUCAAAUUAUUUUACAUAUUUCCAAGGAAAAGCAUUUUGAUUUGGCACUACUGGUCACAUGCUUUUUUUUUUACUCCCUCCUUUGCCCCUUACACAUACUUGCGGCAGGAUGAAUUGCAAGGAGACAUCUAUGGUCAGGACCGUUCUUUGCAUCACAAAGUUUUGUCAAGUGUCCAAGUUGGUAACACUUCCAGUAGGAAGAAUAUUUUUAAAAAAUCAUUUUAGCACGAACUUGGCUGAUUCUGGCUGAGAGUCAAAUCUGGCACAACACAGCAGAAGAGACGAAAAAGAAAGGAGUGCCUUGCUCAUCUUUCUGAUUUGUCAGUGCAAGGGAAUGCUGGACAUUACACAACUCUGGAGUCUGCAGGAAGGAUUGAACAAUAGCUUUUGGACAUCAUUACCUUCACCUCCUUCGUAUGGAAUAUACUGGUAACCUUGUGGCAAUGGGUGAACUAACUCGACUCUGAGAAGAUGAAAAUCAAUUAGAAAAAGGCAGGACAACCUAGUAUUCCCCCUCUAGCAAUCUGAGGAACUAAGCUACAACAGGCAAUCCACUUCAAUACUCAGCAGGCUCAUGAACACAUAAUACUCCCAGGUACUGUAAUCUUGAAUAUUUUUGCAGGAGAUGAUGCAGGGCUUGAUGGUUCUCAUUGGCAAAGAGUUAGGUGGCUGUGGGUCGCAGUAAGGGAAAUUUUGAUUAUACUUUUGCUGAACUUUAUUGUGUGUGAUCACUUUUAUAGUUUGCUUUGUUGCUAUUUAGAAUCAGAUUCGAUAGACUUGGAUCUACAUACUUUCCAAGCACAGCGUAUCUAUGUGAUACAAUUUCCACAUAAGCAUCAUUAAUCCAUCUUCAACAUAAAAUUGAUCGCUCUGCCAUCAAAGAACACAUGUAAUAUUAAUAAAGCAGCAUGAAAGGGCAUAUUAGUCUAACGUAAAAGAUUUUCCAGCAUAUAUGAGCUUUAAAAAUAGGAUGGAUGCUCAUUACUUAGCAUGACAUAAACAGCUCAUUAUGUAGUUAGUGAUAAUGGGUACAGUUCAUCCAAAGUAAAGUACUUUCGGCUGAAAUCCUACCUUCACUUACUUAGGAGUAAAUCACUGAAUAUAAUGGAACUUUCUUCUGAGUUAGAACUCCUUGUCAAGACAUGCAGUUCUAAACAAUUAUUCCUGUGGAGGAUACUAAAGGUGCUUAUUAUUACACUGCAUGUUCUAAAUAUGACAGUAGAUAAUAUUAAAUAUUAUUUAUGUGUUUAUUGUAUUUAUUAAAUGGUCCAUCAAACUAGUUUUCUACAUGUUGUGCAACAAUUUACAAAGCACACAAUGAUCAAAGUUAUAAAAAGAGGGCAGGUUAAAACUUAGUAAAAGCAUACCAGCAGAAAAUAUGAAGCUUAAAACAAAUAAUCAAGAACUAAAACCUAGAUUAAAAUAAUAGCUCUAACAUAACUAAAAUGUUCUAAAUGCCUGGGAGAAUGAAAUCAUGUCCUUAACUUCCUUAUUGAAAUAAAUGUGAUAUAGAAAUGUUUUAAGUUAGUAUAGCUUUUCUCUUUAAAAUUCAUCUUUCCUUCAAUUUGCUGAUGUUCUCUUACUUUCUACCACCAUAGAUGUCAGAAGCAGAGACAGAUAAACAAAAUAUUAGAACAACACAGAGUUUUGAAAAUGAUCAGCAAAAUACUUCAACACUGUUGAAAGAAGGACUGACAAUCUCCCAACCUCUUGGAGAACCAAACAGUUGUACCAGCUCCCUCCCACUGCAAGUUCUCCCUGUUGUAAUUCUGAAUCAAGCAGAUCAUCCAGAAACUCAGCUAGCAAUUAAGGAUGAGAAACCUGUGAAAGGUAUUGUUCUCAGCUCAGUAUCAGAAUUCAGCAUCACAGAUGUACCAUCCAAGGACACCAAAAAUGGGAGAAAACUGUCACAGUGUAGCACGUCAUCUACAUUAUCAUCCCUUAAAAAAUGCAGAACACAAUUCAGCUACCUUGAAGAGGAUACAUCCGUCCAUGAAAGAGACAGUAAUGAUGAAUGUGCCACCCUCAUAUUGGCCUGCUUGUUUUGCCAGUUUUGGGACUUUCUAUUCAUGUGUCCUGAUGUCUGUGAAAAUUGGUUGACCAACGUGUGCUGCCCUUCCCAUAGAUAUUAUCAAACUGCCACUGAUGACUCCAGCAAUGGCGACUGCAGCUGCGAUUGUGACAUUGAUUGCAGCAUAUUUGAAUCUUGUCACGAAACCAGUGAGUGCCUAGAGCUGGCUCUGGAGAUUUCUCAAGUCUGUUACCACUAAUAUAAAGGAGUUGACUGGAAUUCCCAUGAACCACCCCUACUGAAGAAUAGAUUUUUAAUAAUAAUGAUAAUAAUAACAAUAUUGAUAAUUCUGAAGAAAAACAACUAUGAUAAUGAUGACGACAACAACAGCAACAAUGUUUGUUAUGCAGGGUUAUGAAUUAUGUUAUAAAUUGUGUACAGUUUGUAUAGCAUCACACAAAAAUCCAUUUUUAGACUUUCAUAAUUGUUACAGAUGGGGAAGAGACGGCAAAGUGGGAAAAUGUUUUGCAAAAUAUUCUAAGAAAUGUAUAAGAAGAAUUCUACAAUGUU